GGCUGCCCGGCUAAACAGAUCAGUAGCGCUGCCUGCCAGCGCUUCACGGCGUGCUUCGAUACCCAAUUUCCCCUGCGGGCUUCUCCACGGACGCUCUCGUGAGAUCAGAGCGUGAGGGAUCAACAGAGCGCUGCCAGGGUUUUGCAAUUGUGGACGUUCGCGCGUGAGUGAGUGAGUGUGAGAGAGAGUGAUUUUUCGUCGAGAGGCGAGCAAUUUCGUGGGGCUCGGAGCAGUAGGUUGCACGCCAGGAGGGGAAGAGAGAUGGAGGGGAACGGUGUUGUGGCGGUGUACCACAACAAUGGCAGCGGGUUGUCGGAGAACCAGAACAAGAAAACAGUCUCCUAUGCGGUGAAGGUUGGCUUGGCACAAAUGCUGCGUGGUGGAGUGAUCAUGGAUGUCGUGGACGCCGCCCAGGCUCGGAUUGCCGAGGAGGCGGGAGCUGUCGCAGUGAUGGCGUUGGAGCGAGUUCCAGCUGAUAUCCGUGCCGAGGGCGGUGUGGCUCGCAUGAGCGACCCUUCCAUGAUCAAGGAGAUCAAGAAGGCUGUGACCAUUCCCGUCAUGGCUAAAGCCAGAAUUGGACACUUCGUGGAGGCUCAAAUCCUCGAAGCCAUUGGCGUGGAUUACAUUGAUGAGAGCGAAGUGCUGACGCCAGCAGACGAUGUGAACCACAUCAACAAGCACAACUACCGAAUCCCAUUCGUGUGUGGAUGCCGCAACCUUGGAGAGGCCCUGAGGCGUAUUGCUGAGGGUGCCGCUAUGAUCAGAACUAAGGGAGAGGCUGGUACUGGAAAUGUCGUGGAAGCCGUCAGGCACACAAGGUCGGUGCUGGGUGAUAUCCGUAGGCUGCAGAGUUUGGACGAUGAUGAGGUGUUCACUUUUGCUAAGGAAAUUCAGGCACCCUAUGAACUCGUGAGGCAGACCAAGCAGCUUGGAAGGCUCCCAGUGGUUAAUUUCGCUGCUGGAGGUGUGGCCACGCCCGCCGAUGCAGCCCUCAUGAUGCAGUUGGGAUGCGAUGGAGUCUUUGUUGGCUCUGGGAUCUUCAAGAGUGGCGAUCCUGCGAAGCGGGCACGUGCCAUCGUGGAGGCUGUGACGCAUUACAGGGACGCUCAUGUACUUGCUGAUGUGAGUGAGAACCUUGGAGAAGCAAUGGUGGGCAUCAACCUCAGCGACAAGAAGGUUGAACGCUUUGCAGCAAGGUCUGAGUAGGGAGAGGAGUACUAGCCAUUGAAGUCUUAAGCUCUGUACUUUUCAUUCCAUUGCUUUGUAGAACUAGUGCUUGCCCAUUCUGAUUUGGUGUUGCACUGUACCAUUCUUUUAAAUUUGGGAUGUAGAUGGAUUUUUUUUUUUUUUUUUUUUUUUUUUUUUUUUUUCUUUCUUUCGAUUUCCCUCCUGUUGAGCAGGGGAUAGCGUUGUCGCAAAUGUUCUCCAGUGCUCCCAAGUGCUCAUGAAUUGCGCUCCGCGUAUAAUUUAAACAAUUAUCCUGAUACAUUAACCUGA